AUGUCAACCAGCAAACGCUUCACAUGUUUACGAUGUCAAUUCCAAUCUCUCACCCGCUCACCUCCUCGUCGUCUCUAUCAUGUCUCUCCACGGUUACAUUCCGAAAUACCUAAACCCUCAAUCGCGCCCAAACAAUCAAUCGAUAUCAAACACAUACGAACUCAUCCCGAAUUAUACGAAAAGAGCUGUAUAGAAAGGAAUUACAAGCUUCAGUCUACAUAUCCAGCCAAAAUAAUAAGUUUAUUUGAAAAAUGGCACGAACAUCAACGCGAUGGGAGAGCGUUACGGGAAAGGAAUAAUAAAUUAAAGCUUCAAUUGGCAAAUCCGAAAUCAUUACGAAAUGAUGAUUCAGAAGAAGCGCAAAGUUUACGAGCACUUUCUAAAGAAGAGAUAAUCGCCGAAGCACGAAGUCUGAAGGAUAAAAUCUCUCAAAUCGAGUCUUCGGAGACUGCUCUGAUGACAGAAAUCAAUACCCUCGCAUCCGCUAUCCCAAAUCUUACAUCUGAUUCCACCCCGCGUGGUUCAGAACCAAAAGUAAUAGGAACCAUUAACGAGCACCCGGAACCUGUCCCAUCCUCCUCCGAUCGAGUAUGGCGUUCUCACGUACACAUAGGCAGUGAAUUGAAUCUUCUCGAUUUCUCUUCCGCAGCCACUACCUCCGGCUGGGGCUGGUAUUAUCUACUCAACGGCGCGGCGCUCCUCGAACAAGCACUAAUCCAAUACUCUCUUUCACUCGCCCUCUCCAAAAAAUGGUCUAUAGUCUCUCCCCCGACAAUGAUUUACUCGCACAUCGCAUCCGCUUGUGGAUUCCAACCGCGCGACCAAUCUGGCGAACAACAAAUCUAUUCCAUUGCGCAGACGCCUUCCGAUACCGAAAGCGGAAAACCAACCUACUCCUUAGCAGGAACCGCGGAAAUUCCUCUAGCGGGAAUGAAAGCCGAUAGUACUAUCCACGAGUCGCAACUCCCCUUAAAAACAAUCGCAACAUCACGCUGUUACCGCGCCGAAGCAGGAGCCCGCGGCAUCGACACAAAAGGCCUCUAUCGCGUGCACGAAUUCACAAAAGUAGAAAUGUUCGCCUGGACGCUCCCCACCCUGGAAUCCACAACCGAAAUCUUCAACGAAAUGCUCUCCCUCCAAAUCGAAAUCCUCACCUCCCUCAACCUACACUGUCGAAUUCUCGAAAUGCCAUCUACGGAUCUAGGCGCCUCAGCCAUGAGAAAACUAGACAUCGAAGCUUUCUUUCCUUCGCGUAGAGAGAGGGAUGAUGGAUGGGGCGAAGUUACUAGUUUGAGUAUCUGUGGUGAUUACCAGAGUAGGAGAUUGGCGACCAAAGUUGAUAUUGCUGCGAAUGGAGGCAAGGUUGCGUUUCCAUGGACCGUUAAUGGAACGGCUGUUGCGGUGCCGAGGGUUGUGGCUGCGAUUUUGGAGAAUGGUUGGGAUGAGGAGAGGAAGGAGGUUAGGGUUCCUGAAUGUCUCUGGCCUUGGAUGGGUGGGAGGAAGGUUCUGAAGAAGGAGUAG